UCUUGAAACCGUAAACAACAUGGCGCGUCACGAACAUGGAGAGACUUAAAAAAACAACAGCUCAGGGAAAACGGAAGCGUUCAACAUACUGAACUGAAAAAAAAUGUACAACGUUUUUUCUUGUUUUUCCAAAGUCUGCAAGAAGAAAUAAACCCAGUAAAGCAAUUGUCAGAGCACGGAUAUCAUAUUAUUGCAGACAAUCGGUCUAUGGGCUCUCAGUCCAGUUCUGGGAUGUCUGGUCGGGGCUCUGGUAACAACCCAGACCAGUCAGAACCAGAACCCAACCAGAAUUCCAACCAGACGAACCGCACUCAGACCGACAGACAGCCAGAGAGACCAUCAGGAUCUGAAGACGACGUAGACUUAGCGCAAGUUCUGGCGUACCUACUGCGCAGGGGCCAGGUGCGCCUGGUCCAUGGAAGUGGUGCGACAGGCCUACAACUCGUGCAAUCAUAUUCAGAUUCAGAUGAGGACAGCGAUGGAGCCUGGGAUGGACGAUUGGGGCACCGAUAUGACCCUCCUGUGGAUGCCCAGCCAGACACACAGGAGGUGGACCACAGUGAAAUCCACACUCAGAUCAUGCUAGCUACUGCUUCCACAGGUUUAAAGAGCAGACGCAGUUUCACACAUAUGCUGGCAGAGCGGGAACAGGGACGGUGUCGCGGGUCAAGUUUCUCUCACGGAGAAUGUAGCCGUAUUCGCUCACAUUUCCUACCCAAUCAUGUGGUAUACAAGGACACAUAUCAGCAGAAAGUCUUUUGUGGAGUCUACAGUGAUGAUGGAAACAUGUUCCUGUCUGCAUGCCAAGAUCAAAACAUCAGGUUAUAUGACACUAGUAGAGGCCGUUUCGUUUUGAAGAAGACUGUGAAGGCCAGAGACGUGGGCUGGAGUGUUCUGGAUGUGUGUUUUACCCCUGAUUCUCAUUGCGUGCUCUACUCUAGCUGGUCUGACUACAUUCAUGUUUGCAGUGUUGAUGGUGACAAUGAAACACACACCGCUCUAGACCUCAAGCCAGAUGAACGAAGGUUCUGUGUUUUCUCAUUGGCCGCUUCCACAGAUGGAAAAGAGAUUUUAGGCGGUGCCAAUGAUGGUUGCCUGUAUGUGUUUGAUCGUGAACAAAACAAGAGAACUCUAAAGAUUGAAGCUCAUGAGGACGAUGUGAAUGCCGUAGCAUUUGCAGACAGUUCUUCCCAGCUGCUUUUCUCAGGCAGUGAUGACGCUCUCUGCAAGGUAUGGGACAGAAGAACACUCAGAGAAGACAGACCACAGCCUGUGGGUCAUCUGGCAGGACACAGAGAUGGAAUCACAUUCAUACACAGCAAGGGUGACGCUCGAUAUUUGAUCAGUAAUUCCAAAGAUCAGACCAUUAAGCUGUGGGACGUGAGGAAGUUUUCACCAAAAGAGGGUCUUGCUGCUUCCAGGCUUGCAGUCACACAACAGAACUGGGAUUAUCGCUGGCAGCAGGUUCCACAGAGAGCACUAAAGAGGCAUAAGCUGACGGGAGACACUUCUGUGAUGACGUACAGGGGUCACGGGGUUCUGCACACGCUCAUUCGGAGUCGCUUUUCUCCUGAAUUCAGCACUGGACAGAAGUUCAUUUACACAGGCUGUUCAACAGGCAAAAUCGUCAUCUAUGAUGUGCUGACGGGACGUGUCGUGUCUAAAUUGUCCAACCAUGAUGCAUGUGUGCGGGACGUCAGUUGGCACCCAUAUCACGUCAACAUGGUCAGCAGUUCUUGGGACGGUGCCAUACGUUUGUGGGAACACACACAGAAUCACCCACUGGACAAAGACAGAGAAAGAAGGAGCGUGGAAGUGGUAGAAAUGAAGACAAAAGGCUGUUGAUGAUGUCAGAGUUGGUGACAUCACAGUGGAUUGUCAGGGGAUGCUGGAGAAAUAAAGUCAAGCAAAAAAAACGAGAAAGAACAAAUUAUGUGCAGAGAAUUUUGAAUUUUUUGAUUCCAUAUUGCUCAGUCUACUGACAAAACAAUUAUCAUACAAAUAUGUAAUUUUAAGCUAAAACAUCAAUGACAAGGUGAAUGGAAAAAGGCAUGAUGUGAUUUCAUUUUUACAGCUACUGUUUCACCUCUAAACUCUGAGGUGAACGUUUAAAUGCAGGUUUAAGCUUAAGUGAAAGUCUUACAGUAUGUGCAGAGUUUCACAAAUGUUAGCAUGAAUUCAGACAGGCACAAUGCAAACACAUUGCUUGAAAACCUGCUGUAUGGUAACCAUUUGCUUUACCAUAAAAAGCAAUACAAAAUUUAUAAAUAAUUCAAAUGUCCUCAAUGCAAGAAUAAAAAAAUGGCUAAUUUCAAAGAAUUUCAAGAAUAUUAAAUAUUGUAAGAUAUUUUAUUGCUAUUAAUGUUCAGGAUUUGAUUUUGUAGUUCUAUAUGAAAGAAAUCUUUACCUUGUCAAAAAUCUAAUUGUGUAAAAAGCGUGUCUUAAUAAUUAGUCAUAGAUUUGCAGGUACAGGAGUGAAUUUCUUUGUGUGUGAGCGUGUUUGCAAAUGUUUCUUUUGACACAGGUUGGAUUUGUUUAUGAUUUAAGUGCAUUUAGAAUUAUCUAAAACACUCACUCAAUUGUUUUACAAAGAAUAAUUAAACUUAAGCACACAACUUU